GUCUCAAAUAUUAUAUUAAAGGAUUUUUGAUAAAUCUAUACCUGCACUGAUGGAUCACAGAUGUAAUUACUCAAAAAAAAGAAAGAGAAAAAUUGAGUACGUGGCUCCGUAUAAAACUCUAAAGCGGGUGGCGUAGUGGACUCCGCCAGUUCUGCGAAGAAGAACCCGAACUGCGGCUAUUCUCCGCUGGUGAAAAUGGGGGAGGCGCUUGCUACGGCAUUUUCAGAGUCGAAUGGGUGGGAUCGCAUUGGCGUAGACGAAGCGUAUAAAAGGCUGCCGCUUCUCUACUUCUCUCUGAUGCUGAUUUGGUCACUUUCCUUCUGUUCGUGGACCUUCAACACUUUCAGAACCCGCCAUUUUCAGAUGAAUAAAUUGCAGUGGACAUUAGCUUCCAUUCCACUGAUCAAAGCUUUACAACUUAUGCUAUGCUUCCUCUUCUGGUCUUCAUGCUAUUACGCGCAUGUAUGCUCGUUAUGGAUGUCUUUUGGAGUGUAUAUGACCGGAGUCCUUUCUCAGACGGUUACUUUUGUUGUGUUCUUAAUUAUCUCCUACGGAUAUUGUAUCACAUGUGAGAGUCUUUCCCUGUAUGAGCGCCGGACUACUGCUGCUCUCGGCUGUGUCUUCUACUUAACUCUUAUUGGUCACAGAGCUUCCAUACCCUAUUUCUCAGUGUUCCUGACCCUCGACUAUUCCAUAUUGUUCUAUGUGAUAUUCAAUCAUAUAUCUCAGAACUUGUUACUUUUGAGAGAACAAUUGGCUUUUAUUGAAAAUGAGGAUGUCCCCCAUAUGCAUGAUGCAAUCUACAUGAAGUAUACCAUGCUCAAGAAAUUUCAAGGGGUGAUGCACAUUGUGGCUGUUGCAGAACUCGCGAUAUUCAUAAACAUAGAGAAUUCGGUGGAUUCCUACUGGCUUCGAAUGUUGAUUCGUGAAUGGGCACACUUCUCUAUCCUUUUGUUCAUUGGGUAUGUCGAAUCUAACCCCUCCAUCGAGUACACUCAAUAGCAGCUCUAUGCCCUGUCAUGAUUAUAUGUUAAUAACUACACCAAACAAAAUCAGUAUAUCCACUCAAGAAUGGGGUUUGGGCAAGGCAAGGUGUAUGCAAACCUUACCUGUACUCCAAAGAAAUGGAUAAGCUGUUU